CAUCAUGUCCUUUCCAACCUCACCUCUUUCUGUUUACUCUCGUUUACUUGCUCUGUCAGACUCUGUCUGCUUGCUCUCUCUGUGACUUUAUUCUGUUUUUCUCUCUGUAACUGAAAAGGUGGCUGUGCCUUUGUGAUCGCCGGUCGACCGUACCGAAAAUGGCGACGCCGAGAGAGCACAUAGAAGAAAUACGCAAAGGAAAGUUCUCCAUCGGAGAAGAAAAACUCAACCCUUUGAAUGAGGAUUUUCACCAGGCUGUUAAGAAUCUCUCUGCUGAACUCUACGCUAAGGAUGUUCACUUCCUCAUGGAACUCAUCCAGAAUGCAGAAGAUAAUGAGUACCCAGAAGGGGUUGAUCCAUCACUUGAGUUUGUCAUAACUUCCUGGGAUAUAACAGCCGCGGGGGCUCCUGCUACUUUAAUUGUUUUCAACAAUGAGAAGGGGUUUUCACCAAAGAACAUUGAGUCCAUUUGCAGUGUUGGACGUUCCACCAAGAAAGGCAACAGGAAGCGCGGUUACAUUGGGGAGAAAGGUAUAGGGUUUAAAAGUGUGUUUCUCAUCACUGCACACCCCUACAUUUUCAGUAAUGGUUAUCAAAUAAGGUUCAGUGAAGAGCCCUGUGUACACUGCAAUGUUGGCUACAUAGUUCCGGAAUGGGUUGAUGCAAAUCCUACUCUUUUAGACAUAAAAAAGAUUUAUGGUUCCGGUUCUGCCCUUCCAACCACAACACUGAUCUUACCUUUGAAGGCAGACAAGUUCCAAGCUGUGAAGCAGCAGCUCUCUAGCAUUCACCCUGAGGUUCUAUUGUUUCUUUCAAAGAUAAAGCGGCUCUCAAUCCGCGAAGACAAUGAGGAUCCAAGGAAAAACAAUGUAAGUGCAAUUAAGAUUGCAAGUGAGACUGAAUUUGUGACGAGGAGGAACAUUGAUGCCCAAUCCUACACCCUCCAUUUGUCUGCAGAAGAAAAUUGUGAUGAGGUUGAAAAAGAGUGCAGCUAUUAUAUGUGGAAGCAAAAGUUUCCUGUCAAGCAGGAAUACCGAGUUGAACAGAGAAAUGAGGUAGAAGAGUGGGUGAUCACGCUUGCAUUUCCAAUUGGGAAACGCCUUCGUAGAGGAAUGAACACAUGUCCAGGUGUCUACGCCUUCCUACCAACGGAGAUGGUGACAAACUUUCCCUUCAUAAUUCAAGCUGAUUUUCUUCUUUCAUCAUCAAGGGAAACAAUACUCCUCGACAACAAAUGGAAUAUGGGGAUUCUUGACUGUGUAUCAACUACAUUUGUCAAUGCAUUUAUCGCGCUUGUUAGAUCGAUAGACGAUGCUCCAGUGUCUAGUUUGCCUUAUAUGUUCCAGUUCCUGCCUGUCCAUAGCUCUGCCUUUGAAGAACUGAAUGUUGUUAGGGUGUCAAUUAAAGCAAAACUUGUUGAAGAAAACAUUGUACCUAGCGAGCCCCACAAGGAGCAGAAAUUCUUUCACAAGCCUCGUGAAGUGGGUAGGUUAAGGCCGGAUUUUUGGAAUAUUUUGAGGAUGGCGAGGGAUCAAGGGAUAAGCUUGAUUAAUCUCUCUUCUCAUGGAAAAUAUGUUCUGUCUUAUGCAUUUGACCAGGUGGAGUAUGAUCACAUACUGAGUUUCCUUGGUGUUGAACCUGUAAACAGCGAAUGGUAUGCUAAAUGCAUCAAGGGGACUUUCGGUCUUGUAACUAGGGUGUCCGAAGACGUCUAUUUGGAGCUUCUACUAUUUAUUUCUGAUAACUGGCUGAAUAAAAUUUUCCAGACCAGCAUCAAGAAAGUUCCACUAAUAAAAUGUUCAGGUUAUGGAACCGAAUCUUUGUGCCGCAUAAGUGCAAUCCAGAAUGGUGAAAGUAAGGUUUGCGUAUCCAGUGAUUCUGAUCAUGUCUCAUGGCUGAUUGAUUGGAAUAAGGAGUUUCUACCUGCCGGAAGGCUUCUCUUUAUGCCAAAAACCACACAGGAAGCUAUCCAGUCUUGCUCUAGGAAAGGGACAUUGGAGAAAUGGUUUUUAGAUCAAGUUAAGGUUCGUUUCGUUAGUGUAAAUGAAUAUGCAAAGGAUCUCCUUGACAAUUCACUUAAUGAGCGGAAGCUUGUGAUUGCAUUUGCCCACUUCAUGUAUUUUUCCUGGUGCAGACAUUAUAUCUCGACGAAGAAAGUUAAUGAAUUAUGUGGAGAUAUGCCGCUAGUGGAUAAGUAUGGGAAAAUCAUCAGAACUAGGAAGAAGGUGAUUGUGGAUAAGUAUGGGAACAUCAUUGAAAACAGGAAGGGGGUUAUUGUGCCUGCCAAUGGAAGCAAAUGGGCAACACUGACUGAUUCUAAUUUGUGGAGGAAAGAAGGCUACGUUGAGUUAGGAGAAGAUUAUAUGGCUGCAGACUGUUUUGCUGGUAACUGUACAAUACAGGAGAACCUCCUAGGGUUCCUUAAAGUCCGUACUGCAGCUACGGACAUUCCUUAUAUACCUGCUCCCAGUGAUAGUAUAUCAUCUUUAUCUGCACCACUUACUAGGGAAAAUGCAUUCUUGCUUUUGGACUGGAUUCGUCGUCUGGCGCAUAAAUAUGUUUUCGUCUCACAGAAUUUUGCGAAGUGCAUAGAAGAAGGUGGUUGGCUGAAGGUUACUUUGAAUGGCUCUCCUGGUUUUAGGCCACCUUCGCAGUCAUUCCUACUUGAGUCAUCAUCAAGAAACAUUUUGCAGAAUGUCUCCGUGUUUGUUGAUAUCCCAUUGGUUGAUCAGAAUUAUUAUGGUGAGAGGAUUAAUGAGUACAAGAAGGAGCUAAAAAGAAUUGGAGUCAGAUUUGAGUUUGGAGAAGCAUGCGAGUAUCUGGGGAAGCAUUUGAUGUCUCUUGCUGCUUCAUCCACUUUAACCUGUGGCAAUGUACUUUCUAUACUCCGUUUCAUCAAAUAUUUGAGGGACAACUGUUUUUCUUCUACUGAUUUUAUCUGUAGUAUUAAAGAAGGUCAAUGGCUUAAAACGUCCCUUGGCUUCAGGUCUCCGGUGGGUUCUGUUUUGUCGGACAAAGAGUGGAUAGUUGCAUCACAGAUUAGUAACAUUCCUUUCAUUGAUGGAAGAUUUUAUGGUGAAGAAAUUUUUCAGUUCGAAAAAGAACUUGAGUUGCUUGGUGCGGUAGUCAAGUUCGGUGAAAGUUACCAGCUAAUCAUUGACAACCUAAAGUCACCUUCUUGCUUGACUUCUUGGACACCCGAGAUUGUUCUAUUCAUGCUUGAAUGCAUGCAUAUUUCCAGUUCAUCUGAGAAACUUGUCAGAGCGUUGAAAGAAUCGAAUUGCCUGAAGACAAACAUUGGUUACAAGCGUCCAGAAGAAUGUCUCCUGUUUGACCAGAAUUCCGACUGGGGCUGCAUUCUUCAGGUCUUUAGUGGUCUUCCAUUGAUUGAUCACGUUUUCUAUGGAGACAGGAUAUUUUCCUACAGAAAUGAGUUGAAGAAAACUGGGGUGGUGGUUGAUUUUGAGGACGCCACUAAAGUAUUUGCUCAAUAUUUCAAGCGGUAUGCAUCAUCGACUUCCAUUACCAAUGAAAAUGUUGCUUCACUUCUGUUGUGUUACAGAAAGCUGAAGGGAACUCCCUUUAAAUUUCCUAAAGAUCUUGAGAGCUGCAUUCGCCAGGAAAAAUGGUUGCGCACUCGCCUUGGUGAUUAUAGAUCUCCCAAAGAUUGCAUUCUCUUUGGUUCCAGUUGGGAAUCUAUCUCUCCGAUGUGUCUUCUCCCAUUCAUUGAUGAUUCUGACAGUUGCUAUGGCAAGAACAUUCAUGAUUUUAAGGAAGAACUGAAGAGAUUUGGGGUGGUUGUGGAAUUCAAGGAUGGAGUCAAGUUUGUGGAAUCUUGUUUUUAUAUUCCCUUGAAUCUGAGCCACAUUUCUCCAGAAAAUGCGCUAGCAUUGCUGGAAUGCUUGCAAAUUUUAUUGCAGGAGAAAGAUUAUUCCUUUCCUGAAGUGUUCUUAAAGAAAGUUUCUCAACCAUGGUUGAAGACUUAUGCUGGCUAUAGGCCUCCCAACAUGUGCUUGUUGUUUGAUUCCAAGUUUGGCUCGUACGUAAAGCAGACUGAUGGACCCUUCAUUGAUGAAGAAUUUUAUGGAUCUAAAAUUUUAAUGUACAGGAACGAGCUUGCUGAAAUAGGGGUGACUAUUGAAGUGGAACAAGGGUGUUCUGUUAUUGCUAACCAUCUUGAUCUUCAUGAUGAAUUUUCGACCUUUGUUCGAGUAUAUAAUUACUUGAGCCAGUUUAAGUGGGAGCCAGAUAGUGAGGCUGGCCGAAAGAUCUGGAUUCCGAAAGGAAAUAAAAAUGGAGAGUGGGUUGGUGCAGAUGAAUGUGUUAUAGACGACAAGGAUGAGCUGUUUGGUUUGCAGUUAACUGUUUUGAAGAAACACUAUGAGCGAAAAUUGCUUAAUUUCUUCUGUUGUGCAUUUAGAGUACGAUCCCAACCUUUGGUUGAUGAUUACUUGAAGCUUUGGAAAGUUUGGGAAAGUUCUAAAAGAGGAUUGUCACAUGAUCAGUGCUGUAAGUUCUGGCUUUAUGUUUCGAAACACUGGAAUUUAAAGACGGAGAAAAGUCUUGCUGAUGCCCUUUUGAAAGUACCAGUUUAUUCAGGCUCCGGUGAAAUCUUGUUGUCCAACAAGGAAGAUGUUUUCAUUGCCGAUGACCUUCAGUUACAGUGUCUUUUCGAACAGUCUUCUCACUUGAUAUUUGCUUGGUACCCUCAGCCAAGCUUGGCUUCCUUGCCUCGAACUAAGCUGCUUGAAAUGUACAAGAAAAUUGGCGUUCGUGUUAUUUCUGAAUCUGUGCACAAGGAAGAACUUUCUCUUGCAAACGAUGCUGAACUACAAAUAAUCCCAAGGGAAAGAGUGUUCGCAAAAGCACUUCUGAGGCUGAUUCUUGGAUUUCUUGCUGGUCCUCCCAUUGAAAUGGAAGUGGAGAAGAGACAAAAAGCUGUCCAAGGUCUUUUCAAUGUUGCUGUAUUGGAGACGCAUGAACCAAUCAUUGUAAGUUAUGAUCUGCCUUUAUCUUCUGGGAGAAUUUUGAAUGUUAGAGGCACACGUAAGAUACGGUGGGACAGGAAGAAUUCCAAAUUCUUCAUCCAGAAGAUGGACAAAUCAGGCGGACAAAAGAGUACCAUUGAGUUUGCUACAUAUUUCGCCGAAGCAGUAUCCGAUUGUGUACUGUGGGAGUGCACUGAACAUAUACCUGCACUUUUGGAGCUGAUCAAGUGGGCGUUUGUGCUAGAAUUCAAUGAGGAAGCUGUUGAUUUCUUGAUGAAGUCGAAGAAUCUGCAGAUCUUCGUCGAGGAUGCAGAGUUUCUGAAUUCUGCCUACCCUUCUAUCUAGUUAUGUUUCUUUCAAGAAUAAUAGUCUCUCUCCGCAGAUGACUUGAACUCUUAUGCUGUUUUAGUUGUGUGGUUUUCUACCGUUGGAUUCUCAUGUUAUUCUGAACAAGGGGAGUGCUUCUUUUUACCAUAUGAUUUUAUGCACCAUGUUUUCUCAUCAUCCGGUUUUUCUCGGUUUCCUCCUCAAACUUGUUACUGAUGUCAAUUUCCCUCUUGAAUUCUAAUUUUGACCGAUUAUUCCUAAACUUUUGUAAUUAGUCACUUUCCCUC